UGGAGAUUGCAAGCAUGGCAAAGCAGAGUACUUCCUCUCCUUGAUGUUUCUUCAGGCAUCCCCACCUUUUUCUUAUCUGCUGCAAUAAAGGACUUGAAACUGGAGCGACUUCUGGAUCUGUGUGAUAUUAAAACUUGACUGGGAGACGAGGCGUGUUCUCCUUGUGGGAAUGCCCUCCACAGACCGUUUGCAUCCAAGCUCAGAGAGCAUGAAGAUCGCAGGACAGAGUGGCUAGGCCAGUGUUUUCACAGAUCAAGAGAGAAUCACAGCGAGAUAGAGCGCAGACGUAGGAACAAGAUGACUGCCUACAUCACGGAGCUGUCCGACAUGGUGCCCACCUGCAGUGCCCUGGCUCGCAAGCCAGACAAGCUGACUAUCUUGCGCAUGGCUGUCUCUCACAUGAAGUCCUUGCGGGGCACCGGCAACACCUCUGCAGAUGGCACCUACAAACCCUCCUUUCUCACUGAUCAGGAACUCAAACACUUGAUUCUAGAAGCAGCCGAUGGCUUUCUGUUCAUUGUGUCUUGUGAGACCGGGAGGGUGGUGUACGUCUCCGACUCGGUGACUCCCGUCCUCAACCAGCCGCAGUCCGAAUGGUUUGGCAGCACCCUCUAUGACCAGGUGCAUCCCGAUGACGUGGACAAAUUGCGGGAGCAACUCUCUACUUCGGAGAAUGCUCUGACAGGUCGAAUCCUAGAUCUAAAGACUGGGACAGUCAAGAAGGAAGGCCAGCAGUCCAUGAGAAUGUGCAUGGGCUCAAGGAGAUCUUUCAUAUGUCGCAUGAGGUGCGGCAACAGCUCAGUAGAUCCAGUCUCCAUGAAUAGGCUCAGCUUCUUGAGGAACCGAUGCAGGAAUGGCUUGGGUGCAGUGAAAGACGGGGAGCCCCAUUAUGUGGUGGUCCACUGCACGGGAUACAUCAAAGCCUGGCCGCCCGCAGGUGUCUCGUUGCCAGACGAUGACCCAGAUGCUGGCCAGGGGAGCAAAUUUUGCCUUGUGGCCAUUGGGAGGUUGCAGGUCACGAGCUCACCCAACUGCACAGACCUGAACAGCAUUUGUCAGCCAACGGAGUUCAUCUCCCGACACAACACCGAAGGCAUUUUCACUUUUGUAGAUCACCGCUGUGUGGCUACAGUUGGCUACCAGCCACAGGAACUCCUGGGGAAAGAUGUUGUGGAUUUCUGUCAUCCAGAGGACCAGCAGCUUUUGCGGGACAGCUUUCAGCAGGUGGUGAAGUUAAAAGGCCAGGUUCUGUCAGUCAUGUUCCGAUUCCGGUCCAAAAACCGUGAAUGGCUCUGGAUGAGAACCAGCUCCUUUACCUUCCAGAACCCCUACUCAGAUGAGAUUGAGUACAUCAUCUGUACCAACACCAACGUUAAGAACUCAAGCCAGGAGUCUCGGCCUGCCGUGUCUAACUCCAUGCAGCGCUCACAGCAGGGACAGAACGUCGGCCUUCCCCUGGAGAUGGGCACACCCCAGCUGGCAUCUAGGCAGCAGCAGACACCGCAGAGUGAGCUGGAAGUGGUCCCAGGAAGAGAGAGUCUGUCUGGUUAUGACCAUUCGCAGGUUGCUGUUCAGCCCGUGACUGCUGCUGGCCCAGAGCACAGCAAACCACGGGAGAAAGCGGAGGCUCUGUUCAGUCAGGAGAGGGACCCGCGGUUCUCAGAAAUCUACUCCAGUAUCAAUACAGACCAGAGCAAAGCCAUUCCUGCCAGCACAGUGCCAGCCAAUCAGCCUCUCUUUUCCCAGGGAAACGCGUUUGCUCCUGCACGGCCCGCUGAGAGCUUCAGGAGCAGUAGCAUGGUACCCCCCGUCAACAUCAUCCAGCAGCAGCCUGCUUCAGCUGGCCAGAUUUUAGCCCAGAUUUCUCGCCACUCCAACACCACUCCCGUCACUGCAACCAACUGGGCAUCAGCAACACGACCGUCGUUCACGGCACAGCAAGUGGCUUCCCAGACCACAAAGACUCGGUCCCCUUCAUUUGGAAUGGGGAAUUUCCAAGGCACCCCUCCCUCUUUCAGCCCAAUGUCAACGCCUGGUUCCACAGCUUCCCCGGGGGUCGCUGCUUAUCCACCCCUUGCCAGCCGCAGCACUGGCUUUGCCGCUGAAACUGGACAGACCCCAGCCCAGUUCCAGACACGGACGGCAGAAGGAGUUGGCAUGUGGCCUCAGUGGCCAGGACAACACCACGGGCAGAGCUCUGGGGAGCAGCACGUCCAGCAGCAGCCAAGUCAGCCUGAGGUCUUCCCAGACAUGCUGUCAAUGCUGGGAGACCAGGGAACCAACUACAACAAUGAAGAAUUCCCGGAGUUAAAUAUGUUUCCUGCCUUUUCAGAAUAAAAAAGAGAGAUCGCCCCACGAACCUUAUAUAAAUAUCUACGUGUAAAAGGAAAAGCACCAAGGCUUUUUUUCCCAAGGAUUUCUGAACUUUCUAAACACUUCCUAUUUUCUGGAGGCGCAAACGUCCAACCAAGAAUCCAGAAUGGCCCGCGUGUUCUGAAGGAGGAGGCGAGGUCUCAGCAGGGCUGCUAGCCCUGCGUGGAAGGCGCAUGGGAUUGUUCAUCAGGCGGCUUCGGGACUCGGGAAGCACUGGAGAGUCCGGGAUAAAGCUCCCCCAGACUUGCGGGAAGCAUGCAGGAGGUUUGCUCUGUGCACUGGGCCGGGAGGAAAAGCGCCUGGCUCCUUCAGCAAGCACCUCCCAGAGCUCUCGAGGCGCUUUUUAAAACUUGUUUUCAGUCUUCUGUACUGUGACUUUCAAAAGACUUAUUGUAACUGUGCUUAGUUGUUGGAACCUUUUCCCAAAUGUUACCCUAGAACCGCGUUGCAAAGGGUUAGCACGUGCUGGGGAUUACAGAUCCUUCUUGGCUUACCCAGCCUUUCCCAUUGGGACUACAGGUCGUGGCAGCAAGAAAGCUUGUGUCGUCUUUGGAGAGGAAGGAGUAAGGUUGUUACUGGCUCCCUGGCUUGUGAUGAGGGUGCAUUGGGAAAGAAGCUUCCACCUUCAUGGGAGCUUGGCUUUGGAAGAACAUGUUUGAAAUCCCAUCUCUCUUCCAUAAACAGUGCAAUUCAUAUGGGCUUGUUAGUUAGUAUGGCCUAUACGUGUGGGGACUUAUCGCUCACUUAAAGAGGGGGAAAUGAGCCAUAAAGUGUUAAAUAAUUAUAUGUAGCUUUGCUUUCUAGAUGCACCUGUCCACAGCAGAUGGCUUCAGUGCUGCCGUAAGCCAGUGUUAAACGGAUUUCAGUGAGUGUAUCUAUUAAGAAUGACAUGGCACUUUCAGUGCAACUUUACCCUUUUUAUCUCCUUUCCCACCGCCUCCAUUUCUGAGUGGCUGGCGCAGCUCCCAUCUGGAAAUAGUCUGUUCUGCCUCGAACUUCUGGGCAAGGGAGCGGGUAAAUAGCAGAGUCCUGCUCUUGGCUCAGCGGUCAGAAUGGCGAGCUCUAGUUGGAUGAUCACGGAGCCCUGAACUCCAGACUGCCAGGUGCUGAUUUAUUGCCAAAAUACAAAACGGAGGAGCACACGAAAGGUAUUUAACUUAGUCAAGCCUCUCCUUGGAAUUUGCUGGCA